GAGGUUUCCAGAGAGGGCGGGUCGCUCCAGCGCUUCUAUUCCCUCCCCUGCUCCCGCCCAGCAGACCACAUGUCUGCUACAACCUCAGGUCCUUAACACUCAGCUGUUUCUACACGUGCGCACUGCAGCGGCUUAGGGGGCGUGUCCCGGAUGCCCCGGAAGUAAACUGCCGCGCGCUGUCCCGGAAGUGGCCUCCAGUGAGCCGAUAUUCAGGUCUACAUUGUCCAAAGUACGUUCAGGCCUCUGACUUUGCCAAAGUGUAGAGAGCCAUGCCGCCAGCAAGGCUGUUCUUGGCCAGACUGUGGAUGACACUUGAAGGUGCGGAGCGCUGUGCCCCAUCUAUGAGGACCCUCCUUCAGCAUCAGGCAUCUCCUAGGCUUUUCUCUUCUAGCAGGGUCACCUGUGCCAAGCAUCAAGAACUCCCUAGAAAGAAGCAGCUCUCUGAAAAAAAGCUGAAUAGGCAUUUCGUGGACCAUCGACGAGUGCUUAUCCAAGGGGGAAAUGGAGGCAAUGGGAUGAGCUGCUUCCACAGUGAGCCCCGGAAGGAGUUUGGAGGCCCCGAUGGUGGUGAUGGUGGCAAUGGAGGCCAUGUCAUUCUGAAAGUUGAUCCCCAAGUCAAGUCACUGUCAUCAGUCCUGUCUCGGUAUCAGGGCUGUAACGGAGAAAAUGGUGGCAGCAAGAACUGCUUUGGGCAAAAUGGUGCCAUCCUCUACAUCAAGGUCCCCAUGGGUACCUUAGUAAAGGAAGGAAAUGAAGUUGUGGCUGACCUGUCACACCCAAAUGAUGAGUAUAUUGCCGCCCUGGGUGGCGCAGGAGGAAAGGGUAACCGCUUUUUCCUGGCCAAUGACAAUCGCGCACCUGUGAUAUGUACCCCUGGACAGCCCGGGCAGCAGCGAAUCCUCUUUCUGGAGCUUAAGACAGUGGCACAUGUAGGGAUGGUCGGGUUCCCCAAUGCAGGGAAGUCUUCACUUCUCCGGGCCAUUUCAAAUGCAAAGCCUGCUGUGGCCUCCUACCCAUUCACCACCUUAAACCCCCAUGUUGGGAUUGUCCACUAUGAAAACUAUCAACAGUUAGCAGUGGCUGACAUCCCAGGCAUAGUGCGAGGCGCACACCAGAACCGGGGCCUGGGCUUUGCUUUCCUCCGGCACAUUGAACGCUGCGGCCUUCUACUGUUUGUGGUGGAUCUCUCAGCACCAGAGCCAUGGACUCAGGUGGAGGACCUCAAGUUUGAACUGGAAAAGUAUGCAGAAGGUCUAUCUCAGAGACCCCACGCUGUGGUUGCAAAUAAGAUCGACCUCCCCCAGGCAAAGACCAAUCUGCCUGAGCUGCAGGCCCGUCUGGGGCACCAGGCUAUUGCCUUGUCAGCAGUCACUGGGGAGAACUUGGAGGAGCUGCUUCUGCGACUGAAGGAGCUCUAUGAUGGGCACGUGGCCGCUGAGCAGGAGAGACGCCGGCAGCCCCUCCUGUGGUAGUGUGGGUAGUUGGUGCAGGCCUGGUUAGCUCACAUAGGCAUUGCCCUGGGGCUUGGCACUUGGGUGGCAGAAGUCACGCUUGACAGCCUGCUGGCUCAUGUGCUAAGAUGUCUUUUGUGUUAAUUAGCACCCUAAUUAGUCACCACACUAAGACCGACUUUCCCAGAUGCUUCUGAGCACAUGGACAGUAAAAAGUGCAGCAGCUGGAGCCAGAGGUGUGAUUCACUUCCAAGCACUGACCACAGGUGCCAGAGCUGUCACCAAAACUGAUCUCUGGCUUCUACACUGUCCACUUGAACCACCCCCCCAAUACACACACACAUGUGUGCCCCCAACAGCAUCUGUAGGGGUUAGCUCUGCGUACAAGAUUGAGGCAGAGUCCAGAUGUAACUCUUCUCUCCAAUCCUACUGCUCAUGGGGAGCAGGAGGACCACUCUACUCUUGUUCCAGAAAUGCACUGUGCUUUGUUAGAACUAAAUGCCAAAGAGGAACUGAGGUGUUGACUUCACGACUGAAUGCACCCAAUAUCCGACCAGGGACAGGUGCCUUCUGACUCACACCAGUGUGUUCAAGCACGUUAUUAUCUCCAGGCUUUGCAGCUAGGGGAUUGUAGGUACCCAGAGGUGGCCAGGGUGCAGUGAGAAAAUGGCAGGCCUCAACUCUUGAGACCUGGACUAGGUUUUCAUUCAGCUCUUUGCAGGCAUUCUCAAGUGAACACAGGCUCAGAGCCAAGCUGGCAACAGCCUUCCUGUAUCUACUUUGCUUUGUUCAGAGACCCUGUGGGACACACCCAGCAUUCUCCUGUGGAAAGGCCCCCUUCUGGGGCUCCUGUCUUUGUUUCACUAAUAAGUGCUGAGCAAUUACUAA